UCUCUGCUCUGCUCUCUCAACAUCCCCUGUUCGAGUUUUCUCCUCCCCAUCGUUACUUCGUUGCGUUCGUUUUGUUGUUCGAGAUCUGUUCUCUGUCGGGUUCCGUUUUGCUUUCUUCUCUUCUGCUUUGCAAGAUUGCGGGAGAAAUCUUUGAGACAUUGCUCAAUUACCCUGAAUCUUGUUAAGGUUCUUGAGAGGAUUCAGACAUGGCGGAACGCUUGCUUACGCGUGUUCACAGCCUCCGUGAACGUUUGGAUGAGACCCUCUUGGCUCAUCGUAAUGACAUUUUGGCUUUCCUCACCAGGAUCGAAGCCAAAGGCAAGGGUAUCUUGCAGCAUCAUCAACUUAUUGCCGAGUUCGAGGUGAUCUCUGAGGAACAUAGGAAAAAGCUCAGUGAAGGAGCAUUUGGAGAAAUCUUGAGAUCCAGUCAGGAAGCAAUAGUCUUGCCUCCAUGGAUUGCCCUUGCUGUGCGUCCCAGGCCCGGUGUGUGGGAGUACAUUAGGGUAAAUAUCCACGCCCUUGUUGUUGAGGAGUUGCAAGUGACCGAGUUUCUUCAUUUCAAGGAAGAACUUGUCAAUGGAAAUUUGAAUGGAAACUUUGUGCUUGAAUUGGACUUUGAGCCAUUCACUGCUCAAUUUCCCCGCCCAACUCUUUCAAAGUCCAUUGGAAAUGGAGUGGAGUUCCUUAACCGCCACCUUUCGGCAAAGCUCUUCCAUGACAAGGAGAGCUUGCACCCUCUGCUUGAGUUUCUUCAAGUUCAUUGCUACAAAGGAAAGAACAUGAUGGUGAACACAAGAAUUCAAAAUGUCUUCUCCCUCCAACAUGUCCUGAGGAAGGCAGAGGAGUACCUUUCUGCCCUCAAACCUGAGACACCUUACUCUCAGUUCGAGCACAAGUUUCAGGAAAUUGGGCUAGAGAGGGGCUGGGGCGACACCGCCGAGCGUGUGCUUGAAAUGAUUCGGCUUCUGCUGGAUCUACUUGAGGCUCCCGAUCCAUGCACCCUUGAGAAUUUCUUGGGAAGAAUCCCCAUGGUCUUUAACGUUGUUAUCAUGUCACCUCACGGUUACUUUGCCCAAGACGACGUCCUCGGAUAUCCCGAUACCGGUGGCCAGGUUGUGUACAUCUUGGACCAAGUUCGUGCAUUGGAGAGUGAGAUGCUUCACCGUAUCAAACAACAAGGGCUGGAUAUUACUCCUCGGAUCCUCAUCGUCACUCGUCUUCUUCCUGAUGCAGUAGGAACCACGUGCAACCAGCGUCUUGAAAAGGUUUUUGGAACAGAAUACUCCCACAUUCUUCGAGUUCCCUUUAGAACGGAGAAAGGGAUGGUCCGCAAGUGGAUUUCACGAUUUGAAGUGUGGCCUUACUUGGAAACAUACACCGAGGAUGUCGCCAAUGAAAUUGCAGGAGAACUACAAGGCAAGCCCGAUCUGAUCAUUGGCAAUUACAGUGAUGGUAACAUUGUUGCUUCUUUGCUGGCCCAUAAGUUGGGCGUUACGCAGUGCACGAUAGCUCAUGCCCUUGAGAAGACCAAAUACCCGGAAUCUGACAUCUACUGGAAAAAGUUCGAGGAAAAAUAUCAUUUCUCUUGCCAGUUUACAGCAGAUCUCAUAGCCAUGAACCACACCGACUUUAUAAUCACCAGCACCUUCCAGGAGAUUGCCGGAAGCAAAGACACGGUUGGGCAAUAUGAGAGUCACACCGCUUUUACACUUCCUGGACUGUACCGAGUCGUCCAUGGCAUUGAUGUUUUCGAUCCCAAAUUCAACAUCGUGUCACCAGGAGCUGAUAUGAGCAUUUAUUUCUCCUACACAGAGGAGAAGCGGAGGUUGAAAUCUUUCCAUGCCGAGAUAGAAGAACUUCUGUUCAGCGAUGUGGAGAACAAGGAACACCUAUGCGUAUUGAAGGACCGGAACAAGCCAAUCUUGUUCACCAUGGCAAGACUGGACCGUGUCAAGAACUUGACGGGGCUGGUCGAGUGGUACGGAAAGAACACCCGCUUGAGAGAGCUGGUCAACUUGGUAGUGGUCGGUGGUGACCGGAGGAAGGAAUCUAAGGACUUGGAAGAGCAAGCCGAGAUGAAGAAGAUGUACGGGCUGAUUGAGACGUACAAUUUGAAUGGCCAGUUCAGGUGGAUCUCCUCCCAGAUGAACCGGGUGAGGAACGGAGAGCUUUACCGGUACAUCUGUGACAUGAGGGGAGCAUUUGUGCAGCCCGCUCUCUACGAGGCUUUUGGAUUGACCGUGGUGGAGGCCAUGACAUGUGGAUUGCCGACCUUUGCGACUUGCAAAGGCGGUCCUGCUGAGAUCAUUGUGCACGGCAAGUCCGGAUUCCACAUUGAUCCUUAUCACGGGGAUCAGGCAGCGGAGACCCUCGCCAACUUCUUCGAGAAGUGCAAGGUGGACCCAAGCCACUGGGACAAGAUCUCACAGGGGGCGAUGCAAAGAAUCAAGGAGAAGUAUACAUGGCAAAUUUACUCCGAGAGGCUGCUCAACUUGACGGCGGUGUACGGCUUCUGGAAGCACGUCUCGAAUCUCGACCGUCUCGAGAGCCGCCGCUACCUGGAAAUGUUCUAUGCCCUCAAGUAUCGGAAAUUGGCCGAGUCGGUUCCCCUUGCCGUUGAGUGAGUUAGAGGUGAACAAAAGGGCAGAUCUCAAGAGGCAGACAGCUUUAAAAUCUCUCGAGAGUUAAGGAAUAAUUGCCAUUGCAUUGGAUUGGAAGAGAGCCUUUUCUUUUGGAUUUCUUUUUGCAACUGCUUUCGUCAAUCUUUCUUUUCCUUCUUUCUGCUGUGAAUGUAUGUUGGGUUAGGUUCUUCAAAAAGUCAAUUAAAUGAAAUUUCCUUCUUCUUUUCCCA